CAAGUUGUUAUUUCUGUGCUGGCUGAAUCCAGCAUCGCGAUCUCCCAAGAAGUUGAUCUUCUUCGACUUACCAACGUUGGUAACUUAGUUGAAAACGUGUCGGCGUGAGGACUGCGUUGCUCUUCGCCAAAAGCACCCUGACACGUGUGCGAUACGAUCGACUACGAAUCAAUUUUCCGGACGUUUGCUAAUUCGAUUACGAACGGGAAAUAUCUAGUGAAGUUUUUCCGAAUUUUUUUUUACGAAUAAUCGUUGUUUCCUUAACGUUUCGAGAGUGCUGAUUGUUUAGAUAAUUUAAUUAAUGAAUGAAACAAUGUUUCGUUUCAAGUGCGUGAAUGAAUUUUGAGAGUACAUUUCUGAAUCAUGUGGAGUAGAGGGUUUGAGCUUUUGUUAUUUUUGUGUCUUUUCGGACUUGUAAUCAACAUACGUACAAGGCAUCAUGCAAGUGACAGAAAAGCAUUGAAGUUCCUAUCGUACGGAAUUGGUACUCAGUCGACAUCGUCGUCUAAUGUCGGUUUGUGGCCUUCCGUGUUUAAUUUAGCCACCAAAGCUCUCAUAAACACGAACGCAACAUGUGGAGAACGCGGCCGCGAAGAGUUCUGCAAACUUUCCGACGGUUCAAAGGGUCGUUGUGGGGUUUGCGACAACUUCAAUUCCGAACCCGGAAAGCGACAUGCAAUUCAUUACGCGAUUGACGGAAGCAAUAGGUGGUGGCAGAGUCCAACGUUGGAAAACGGACCCGAAUACGAAUUCGUCACUAUAACAAUCGACUUAAAGCAGAUUUAUCAAGUUGCAUACGUGAUAUUAAAAGCAGCGAACUCUCCUAGGCCUGGCGCCUGGAUAUUGGAUAGAUCUUUGGACGGCGAAAACUUCGAGCCCUGGCAAUACUUUGCUAGAAAUGACAAAGAAUGCCUGGAGCGGUACGGAAUUCCUGCGACUAAAGGAAAACCCCGUUACACGACCGAUACGGACGUGAUUUGCACCUCCCACUUUUCGAAGUUAACGCCGUUCGAAAACGGAGAGGUUCAUACGUCUCUCAUACACGGUCGUCCAGGAGCGAAUGACACUAGUCCCGAGCUACUCGAAUUCACCAAAGCGCGAUUCGUUCGAAUGAGACUACAAGGAUUCAGGGCAACCGUUGAUCCUGUACCACGAUGGGUUCAACAAGAUCCGCAGUUACCUAAAAGGCUUUUCUAUUCGAUUAGGGACAUCAGUAUCGGAGGACAAUGUGUAUGUAAUGGUCAUGCAUCAAGUUGCCGACAUAACGUCGCAUCAGGGCAUCCUGAAUGUGAAUGCUCUCAUCAUACGUGUGGACCUAACUGCAACAAGUGCUGUCCUUUAUACAAUCAACGCCCGUGGGGUCCGGGAACUUCCAGGGACGCAAGACAGUGCUUUCCCUGUAACUGCCACGGUCAUGCGAUCAGUUGUCAUUACGACGAAACGGUGGAUAGAAACGGACUGAGUCUCGAUGUUGAUGGAAAUUAUCGGGGUGGAGGGGUCUGUGACAACUGUACGGAUUAUACGACUGGUAUAAAUUGUGAGCAGUGUAUAAAGGGCUACUUUCGACCUCCUGAUGCCAGUGUUAACUCUGACAGGCCGUGUAUUAAAUGCGACUGCGACCCGAAUGGCUCAACAGGAAACUGCAAUCAACAAGGACCCGAUGCGGGCACUUGUGAAUGCAAACCAGGUUACACAGGAUUCAAAUGUAACUACACUCAGAAAAACGUGGAAGGAAAAUUUUGUGAAAAUUGCAAGCCUGGCUUUUUCGCUCUGAGAAACGACAACUCCGACGGUUGCUUAAGUUGUUUCUGCUCCGGGGUAACUACCCUUUGCGAAUCAGCAAGUUUAGUAGCGCGAACAUAUGAAAAUCGGGAAGCCUGGCUGAUAACCGACCUCACAAUCACCGGACUAGUUAAGCCCAUCUACGACCCUGAGACAAAUUCGGUUACUAUCGAAAACUACGAAGGUCUGGGGACUGAAGCCUAUUACUGGCUAGCACCCAAGGAAUAUUUGGGCAACAAAUUGGAAAGCUACGGGUCAUCGUUGACAUUCAGUGUAUCCUGGACGGUUAUAAGGGGUGAUACCAGUGGAAAACCAACAAUUGGGCCGAAUAUUAUUUUAGUUGGUCAGAAUGGUCUUAAAAUAGGUUUUGGCGAAGAUCAAUUUUCGGGUUCGAGUAUGCUCUUCAAAAUAGUCUUAAACGAAAACAAUUGGUAUCAGAUUCCAUAUUCUAUCAAAGACAUAGUGACGAGGUCAAAACAGGCUGAAUAUAAGGGAGAUUCUGUAAGCAGGGCUCAGUUCAUGAGCGUUCUCGCCAAUAUCAAGCACAUCCUAAUCAGAGCCAGUUAUCACACAGAUCAAAUCGACGGAACCUUGGAAUAUGUUAUUUUAAAAUCUGGAGAACUUGGCGAAGACGAGUCAUACAGCUCAGUAGAGAAAUGUUCCUGUCCAUCAGGAUACACAGGAUUAUCUUGCGAAUCCUGCGAAUAUGGAUAUGUUCGAAUCUUUGCCAAUUCUUCAGUGCCUCAGCUGCAAGGAUUUUGUGUAAAAUGCGAUUGUAAUGGGCAUUCAAAAACAUGCGAUCCUGACACUGGCCAGUGUACUUGCGAACAUAAUACCAUAGGGGAAAAGUGCGAACGAUGCAAACCAGGAUUUUACGGUAAUCCUUUGAUGGGAACCCCUCUCGAUUGUAGGAGAUGUGCUUGUCCGUUAAUAGAAGACGAAAAUAACUUCAGUCCUAGUUGUCAAUUGGAUUUCUACAGUGAGGAAGAUCAGGAGGAGGUUGGAUACGUAUGCACUCAAUGCCCAAAAGGAUAUACCGGUGACCACUGUGAAAUUUGCGACGAUGGCUAUUUUGGGAACCCAAAACGGUUGGGUAGCAAGUGUGAACCGUGUUCAUGCGGUGGUGGACCGUGUGACUCACUAACUGGUCAAUGUUUGGCCUGCCCAGGGAACACAGAAGGCUGGAAAUGUGAGCGGUGUAAAUCAGGACAUUUUGGGGACCCUUUAAAUGCCAACUGUCAGGCUUGUUUGUGUGACUCUCAAGGUUCUUAUUCUCAAAAUUGCGAUAAUAUUACGGGACAAUGCCAGUGCAGGGAACAUUUCACAGGAAGGACGUGUGAUCGAUGCGAGGAGGGUUACGGCAAUAUGACUGCUAAAUGUGUUCCUUGUGUUUGUGACGAUAUCGGUGCAGUGUCGAAAAUAUGUCAUCCACAAACGGGUAUUUGUGAGUGCAAAGUCGGGGUUGAAGGGUUCCAUUGCGACGCGUGCCAGCAUCUUCAUUUCGGGUUCUCUACAGAAGGGUGCCAGGGUUGUAACUGCGAUCCAAAGGGUUCUGAAAUUCCAACGUGUGACAUAACCAGUGGUCAAUGUAGGUGCAAGCCACAUUAUAUAGGAAGAACAUGUAAUAAGUGUCAGGAAGGCUAUUGGGACACACGUGUGGGCUGCGAACCCUGUCAAUGUAACCCAGAAGGUUCAGAAAGUCCAGUGUGCCAGUCCAAAACUGGCCAAUGUAAUUGUAAGCAAGGUGUAGGAGGAUUGCAGUGUGAUGCAUGUUUACCCAAUUAUUAUGGGUUUUCUGAAACAGGGUGUAAAGAGUGUGAUGUCUGCCUUAAGAAAGGUCACAUUUGCGAUCCUGAUACAGGAAAAUGCGUGUGUCCACCUAACAGUUACGGUGUCCAUUGUCAUCUUUGCGUUGUAAAUGCGUGGGGUUACGAGCCAGAAAGGGGAUGCAGGUCUUGCAAAUGUUCACCGGCAGGUAGUACAAAACAGCAAUGCAAUCUUCAAACUGGCGAAUGCAUUUGUAGACAAGGUUAUACCGGUAUGAAUUGCGAUCGUUGCGACCACGGGUACUUUGGGUAUCCAAGAUGUCGACCCUGUCAAUGCGAUAGGUCUGGUACCGACAAAGCUCAGGGUAACUGUACCUCAAAUGGGACGUGUACCUGCGACAGUAGUGGGCAGUGUCCAUGCAAAACGAAUGUCGAAGGCAAAAAAUGUAACAAAUGUAAAGAAGGAACGUUUGGCUUGGAUUUGGAAAAUCCUAAUGGGUGUACGCAAUGCUUCUGUUUCGGAAGAUCGUCCAAAUGUAACGAAGCUGGCUUAACCUGGGGUCAAAUCCGUCUCAAUUCUAGUCGCAUCUUAACAGUUAGACCGUCCGAUAAAUUAGUACGAAAAGAUCCGCCCGUUACAUCAAAUGAGAUAAUCGAAUCCGAAGAACUUCUAGUCAUUCCCGGGAUUUACGGUAACUUAACAAUCGACAGUAACCAUUUCACUGCUCCACUUUAUUGGCAAUUGCACCCUCUUUUCACCGGCGAUCGUAUUUUAUCAUACGGCGGUUAUCUUAGAUUUAAAAUUGCAACAUUUGAACCAAAACAUCAACUACCUCACGAAAUACUUCAACGUUAUCCCUUGGUCCAACUCCACUCGCACGGCCAUAUAAUUCUUGAAUAUUAUCCUCUACUUCCGGUUACGAAAGAUCAUUACGAAAUUCGACUUCACGAAUCUCUAUGGAGAAAAAAACAGCCCGAAGGCAUCGACAUAGAUCAAAGGAAACUGUUUAUGAUUGCCUUACAACAUGUGGAAAACAUUUUCAUCAGGGCCACCGAGUACUCCCUUUUCGAAAAACUUUUGUUACAAGACUUAACAUUGGAUACGGCUAUUGAAGUACCCGGAAAUCCCCCGCCCAUCGCGAAGGGAGUCGAAUUGUGUGAAUGUCCACGAAAAUAUAAUUCCACAUCAUGUCAAAAUCCAAGCAUUGGCUUCUACCGUUAUUACACCCCUACGUCUGUUAACGGCACUAUUGUAAUAAGCACAUUAGUAGGUGAAGCUAAAGCAUGUGUUUGUAAUGGAAGAUCAGAAGUUUGCGACAUUGAAACCGGUUACUGUUUGCAUUGUCGGCAUAAUACGCAAGGAAACUUCUGCGAACGCUGCGCCGAUGGCUAUUAUGGAAAUCCUUUGCAUCCAGACGGUAAAUGUGAACCUUGUCCGUGUCCCUCCAUCGAUCAAAACUUUGCGCAAGAAUGUAAACCGUUGGUAGGGAGAAAGACCCAAUUUCAAUGCAUUUGUAAACCAGGUUAUACCGGAGCUAAAUGCAAUAAGUGUACUGUUGGAUAUUAUGGCAAUCCCCAGGAACCUGGGGGUAGUUGCAAGCCUUGUAAUUGCAAUAUAGAAGGAGUUUCGCCAAUCGAGUGCCUUCAUGGAGUAUGCCAAUGUGAUCCACAUUCGGGACAAUGCAAAUGUAAGGCGGGUAUCACAGGAAAACAAUGUUCACAAUGUGAAAAACCGAGACACACUCUUCAAAGGCACGGGUGUUAUCCUUGCGAUAACUGCACUCAGUGGCUCCUAAAUGAUAUUGAAUGGAUGGAUGAAAAGCUGGGCGCAAACACGCACUUGUUAUCAAGUGGUACCCUUCAGCCUCCAUGGAAAAAAUUGAGAGAAGCGGAAGAAUCAUACGAACGUUUCGAAAACCGAUUUUCCAAACAUCAAAUCCAGCUUGCAAAAGCUCAAGAGGUCAUUUCCACAAAAAGAAUGGACUCGCUGGAAAACGAUUUGAAAACACUUAACAAAACGAGUCAAUCCUACAAACCAAAACUAAACGAAAUAUCUAAAAUAAACAAUGCUUUGAGAAACAACGUCCAGGAUAUAUCGGAUAAUAUUUCAAAAACUAAAGCUUCAAUUGCAAAAACUAUCGAUGCACUAAAAAACUUCGGAAACUCUCAUGUCAGUACACGAGAAGCAGUAAAACAAGCGGAUCAGUUAUUGACCGAAAUCAAGAAUAUCAAAAACGGAUUGAAAGAUAACAAACAAGUCCUAAAAAUGUGCAAAAAAAUUGAAAAAAGAAUAAAACAAAUGACAGAAACCACCAACCUGGAUCCACAAAGGGCGAAGGAAGAUCUUAAAAGUUUGACAAUCCGACUUGAUGAACUGAGAGAUAUUUUACGAGAAAUUGAUCUGAACAACAGAAUAACAGCAGAAAAUAACGUAAACAACAAUCGCACCUUUAAUCGACUACAAUCAACUGUUGAAAAUUUAAACAAUUUACGAUCAAAAGUAGAGGAAGAUCUUAAACAAAUGAAAGACACUAUGAACAAAGCGUCGGCAGUUCUAGAAAAGGCAAAAGAGCAUCAAAAUAUUCUCAGUAAUGAGUAUGAUUUGGAAGAACUGACAACAAAAAUUGAGGAUUUAGAUUUAGACGACGUUGAAUCCGAACUAACAGACUACAAAAAUAGGGUCAAUAAACAUGUCGAUGAAUUAAAGGACAAAGUUAACUUUAUUAUUAACUCUUUCAAUUUCUCCAAAGAUGCAGACGCCAUCAAAGCCGGAACAGCUUACAAGACAAUCACAAAAGGAGUCGAAGAAGCCAGAAAUACUACAGGGGAGGUUCUUACAAUAUUGCAAACGAUACACGACCAGAUAUAUCCAAAUUAUGGUGAUCCUCUAACAGAUAACGUAUCAAUCGCCGUAGCUGACGCAGACAGAUUGGACAAAAGAAUUACGAUACAGAAGCAAAAAAUUCAAGAUUUAAAAGAAAAGGUCCAUUACAUAAAGGUAAAGCUUGGAAACGUAAAUUCUAACAAUUGGCAAAAUGGCCUCGACAACAAGAACCAAGAUAAACUGAUUCGCGAGAUUAAGGAAAAACUUAGGGGAACAUCUACAAAUGGUGUCGAGUCAGUAAUCAGAACGGCCAAUAACGAUAUACACAAUAUGCGAAAUGUUCAUCAACUUCUGUCAGAUCUGGAACUCCGAAAACAACAGGAUCUGUUAAAGCCUUUGGAGAAGAUGCGAAAUCUAACUUCUCCUUCUGGUAGCAUCAAAGGUCAAGUAUUAAAUGCGCUGAAAAACCUGAAAGAAGCUUCAGAAAACAAGUUCGACAAGUAUACAUUGGAUAAAAGGAAAGACGAAAGCUUAUCACACAUACGACACCUCAACGACGCUGUUGCGAAACGAUUACAAGAGUUACGAAUCUCAAUUCAAAAAGCAAGAAAUAUUGCAAACGUGAUAAGCGUUCCAUUAACUGGACCGACCUGUUCGCGUUCGUAUGUUUUGAGAAACUUGGAACCUUCGCUACUUACAAAACUGACGGUCAAAUUUAGUUACGACGUGUCAGACGAAACGAGUUCAAGCUCUUUGUUUUAUUUGCCGGCGGGAGAACAAUACAUGCAUUUAAAAAUAAUCAACAAUAUUCUCAUUUACGAAUUAAAAUUGGUCAAUAGCUCUCUCGUAUCGGUGAAACAGGAAUUGACGGAAAGUGGCACCUAUGCAGUCGACAUAGAAAGGACGGUUAACUACGUUGAAAUGAAAAUAAAUGAUAGCAAAAUAGUUACGUCGAAAGGUACUGAGAAAGAUGAAAGUGAAUUUGGAAUUUUCAAUGCGACGCAAUCAGAUUUGGUACACAUCGGUAAAGGGGAAGGUUUGUACGGAAUACCAUCAUGCAUCACCGACGUAAUAUUUGGGGAUGUCAAGCUAGGAUUGUGGGAUUUUCAGAAUUUCACAGGUGAAUGUAUGGGAUGCUUCAGAGAAACAGAGAGCAUUGAAACAGGUUAUGAUUUCUUUGGUGGUGAAGGAUAUGCUUUGAGUCCCAAAGAAAAUCAAAUAAGAAAAAUAAAGCCAGAUUUCUACGUUCAAUUUUAUCUUCGAACAUUUGACGAAAACGCUCUGCUAUUUUUAGCUCCUGACUUCGAAACGGGAAGUUAUUUAGCAGUUACAUUACAAGACGGACACGUGAUGUACCAAAUCGUCUACCAAAAUCACCAGCCCAUAAUAUUACGCAGCAGUAAUCGUUACAACACGGGUGAAAAAGUGAAAAUUGCCGCCGAGAAACUAUGGAGCAUUUCACGUAAAACUGAUAUGGCUCUUCUUUCCGUUGGUGAAGAAUCAUUGGAAGAUGUACGUGACAAUAUCGACAAAACGUCUAUAGUGAGAUUACGAAAAGUUAACUAUUAUUUUGGCGGUGUACCUCCCGAAUAUAACAAGACCGAUCUCACUCGCAAACUGCACACACACGACUCGUUACUGGGCGGUAUGGAAGACGUUAGUGAGUACCAGCAAUUCAAUUUCCACGAAAAAGGAGGUAAUCUGAGAACAUAUGGGAUUGAAGAGAAGAAUGAUGAGUUGUCAUUUAUCAAGUGCUGGUUUUUCGGAGAAGGUUUCAUAAAUAUGAAGACCGUACCAUUUAAAAGCAAAAUAUUAUUUUUAAUGUACACCGACCAGAAAGACGCUUUCAUAUUGAAAGUGGACGACUUUCUGGAAAUAAGUUUAAUAAACGGAAGUCUGAACGCCAUAUACACACAAUACGGGAGCAUUGUAACGUUAACCACUAAAGAAACGAUUAGUUACAAUGAAUACUUUUCGGUUGAAUUUUCAAUAAAACACAAGAAGAAUGCGUCGAUAAAAAUUAACGGUGAAACUAAAUACAAUGCCAAAGUGACCGCACCAUCAGCCCAUAAUUCUCAGCAGAGUACAAUUUAUAUCGGGGGAAUACCAGAAGACGAGGAGAAGAUUAAAUUUUCCGGUGGAAUAAAGAAUAUUAUAAUUGACAAUGAGCCAGUAAAAUUCACUAAGGAUAGCGUAAAAGACUUCAAAAAGGUAAAAAUUGGACGAUCACAGUCAAUAACUCCACCACGAAAAUUGAAGAGUACUACCACCAGUAAAUCACCUGAAGUUUCAUCAGAUAUGAAUCCCAUAAACAUGAAGGAAAUGCAAAACACCGAAGGAUGCGGCAAAGUUUUAGACUAUAAUUUAGAUCCUAACGCUGCAAAAUUUGGAGAUAAGCCAUACAGUUACGUCCGACAUACUCUGAGCGAAUACUUUUGGCGUAAAGACUACACAUUAUCACUUGAAUUCCGAACUUUCUAUCCCAACGGAAUGUUGUUUAUUUCAAAGGGGCCAAAGCAACAUUACAAUUUGUUGGAAAUAAGAGAUGGAAGAAUUCAACUGCAACUAAAUAGCAAAAGAAAACGAAAGAUAACUUUACCGCAAAAAGUCGACGACGGAAUAUGGCACAAGAUAACCAUUGACGUGAAAGGAUUAAAGAAAAAGCGCAAGGUUGUCGUCAGUUUGGACAACAUUAAAACGAAACCAAUGAGGAUGCCAAAGAAUAAAGUACAAAGAGAACUUUACAUCGGAGGAAUACCGGAAAAUGUUAGCACAUCAUCUCAGAUUACCGAUUUUCAACCCUUCCGUGGUUGCAUACGGAGUCUGAAAACGAACGAUGUGGCUCAAAGUCUAGUAAAAGCCAAGAACACAAUGCACUACAAUAUUGGACAAUGUUUUCCUGAAAUCGAAAAGGGUGCUUAUUUUGGGGGAGACGCGUACGCAAUAUACAGCCACUCCUUCCGAAUCGAUAGCAUAUUAGAAAUAAAAUUUGAAUUCCGAACUGCUGAACAAAAUGGAAUAUUUUUGAGCUUUUCCGAUCCCACCAAUCGACCAGCUCUUUCCUUGGAACUUCAAAGUGGAGCUGUUGUUAUGACCGCCGAUAAUGGAUUUGGAAAUAUAACGAAUGUGGUCAAUAAUUUAUCCGAUUUUGUCCUUUGCAAUAACAGGUGGCACAACAUCACUGCUCUGUAUACGAGUAGUGAAAUUAUGGUUUAUGUGGACGGUGUACGAAGAGGAUGGGUGCAGCCCGAAGAAGAUUCUUUAAUGGAAGAUCUCGAAGCCCCAUUCUAUAUAGGUGGCAUACCGGAUAAUGGAGUUGUGGGAACUUUAAAAAUGAAAGAAAACUUUAAAGGUUGCAUACGAAAUUUUAAAAUAGGAGAAAGAACAAUAGACUGGAUAAAAAUCGAUAAAUUAAAUAAUAUUCUUUUGGAAUCCUGUCCAAUAACCACAUAAGACUAAUUGCUGUAAAAAAAGAAAUUCCUCAAAAAGUAUUAUCAUUACCAUGACGUAUUACUUUCACAAGAUUCACUGCCUGUCUCUCUUUUUGUACAUUCAUACGUUUUGUAAAUACUGCCAUAUUUAAUAUUUGUACCAUAUUUUAAACCGAUAUUAUUUAUCAAUAAUUUAUAAUCACUUGAGUGAAU